AUGUCAAAAGUCAUUCGAAGUGUCAAAAAUGUCACCAAGGGCUACUCGAGUGUCCAAAUUAAAGUCCGCGAAGCGACAAGUAACGACCCAUGGGGCCCGACAGGGACGCAGAUGAGCGAGAUCGCUCAGCUGACCUACGGGUCGUCGACGGACUUCUAUGAAAUCAUGGACAUGCUCGACAAGCGACUCAAUGACAAGGGCAAGAACUGGAGGCAUGUCUUGAAAGCGCUCAAGGUGAUGGAUUACUGCCUUCACGAGGGCUCCGAGCUGGUCGUGACAUGGGCCAAGAAGAACAUCUUCAUCAUCAAGACAUUGCGCGAGUUCCAGUACAUCGACGAAGAAGGCCGGGAUGUGGGUCAAAAUAUUCGUGUUGCUGCCAGGGAGCUGACUGCUCUGAUUCAGGAUGAAGAGCGCCUGCGCGCUGAGCGGAAUGACCGUAAGAUGUGGAAGAACCGUGUCAAUGGCGUUGAGGAGUACGCUCCUCAGCACAAUAGGGACCGCCACGACCCACCCAGACAGCGGCAUCGGCAGUACAGCGAAGAGGAGGACCUCGAGUAUAGAUUAGCAAUCGAGGCAAGCAAGGUCCAGGAGGAAGAGGACAGGAAAAAGCGCGAGAGCCGCAGGCAAGCUGAGGAGGACGACGAUCUUGCAAAGGCUAUCAAGCUCAGCAAGGAAGAGGAAGAGCGACGCAGACGUGAACUUGAGGAGACCAAUGCCGCCGCUCUCUUCAGCGACACGCCGACUCAGACCCAGCAACCCCAGUUCACUGGAUUCAAUCAAGGUUACCAGCAAGGGAAUGCUGUUGAUUUCUUCGCCAACCCCAUUGACGAGAGCCAAUUGCAGAUGCAGAACCAGAUGCAGAUGCAACCCACCGGCUAUUUAAACACCGCUUACACGGGCUUCCAGCCGCAGAUGACUGGAUAUCCGAAUGGCUAUGUUAACCCAUUUGCUCAACAGGCUACGGUAUUCGACCCAUAUGGUCAGCAGCAGCAGGUCUUCCAGCCCCAAGCCACAGGAUACAAUCCCUAUUUCCAACAGCAACAAGCCCAGCUCCAAGUCCAGCAGCAACCACAGCUAAUUCCCGACCUUCCUGAACCCACUCUGCAGCCGGGUAGCAACAAUCCUUGGGCAAACAGCAGUAGCUUCCAGUCCCAACAGGCACUGAAGCCAACGCCCACGGGUUCUAACAACCCUUUCGCCCAGCGCCCAUCCACAGGCUACAAGCCAACCACACUCAGCACCCUACCGGAGCAGAAGACCCUUACAAGCUUCAGUAGCAUGUCGAACCUUCAAGCCUCCUCCUCUUCUUCCCCCUUCGGCAGCAACCCCUUCAGUCAGCAGUCACAAAAUCAACAAAACCAGACGCAGUCACAGAAGCCACAAAGGCAAAUGACGGAGCACGAAGCUAAGCUCAACGCGCUCCUUGCUCAGGGAGAAGGCCUCGACACAUUUGGUAACACAGGCCAGCUGCGUAUUCCAGCGCAGCACACCGCUCCCGGUGUGUUUGUCAACAGCGCCGGGUCUGGCUUGUCUAGACUGACAGCUGAGACCACGGGCAACAACCCAUUCCUCAAGCCGCAAGCCACUGGGGUGCCUUCGGCCCCGGCUCAGCUGCAGAUACCUGCUGCCACGGGCCCAGCUAGCAUGGGGUUGAACAAUAACCCGUUUGCAAGGGCACAGCAACAACAGUCGCCGGGCGAGGCCUUCACACAGAGAGGGAAUUUGAUCACGUUCUAG